UCUUGUGAGUUCACUGUUUCUGUCUACUUCACACAUGUCUAGCAUGUUUUCACGGAAAUAACCCCUACAGAGGAAUAAAAUAACUCAGACCAGGACAAUGAAUGAACGUGAACUUGAUCUCACGGAAGCGCAAAAAGCAACAAAGUCAAAAUAUCCUCCGAUCACCAGGAAAUAUGAGUAUCUUGAUCAUACUGCAGAUGUCCAGAUCCAUGCAUGGGGAGAUUCUCUUGAAGAGGCUUUUGAGCAGUGUGCAAUGGGAAUGUUUGGCUACAUGACGGAUACAGAAACUGUGGAGCCCACUGACACUGUAGAAGUAGAAUCAGAAGGAGACGACUUGGAGUCACUCCUUUUCCAUUUUUUGGAUGACUGGCUCUUUAAAUUUAGCGCUGACUUGUUCUUCGUUCCAAGGGAAGUCAAAGUGCUGCACAUAGACAGACUGCAGUACAGAAUCCGCUCUAUUGGAUGGGGUGAAGAAUUCAACAUAAAUAAGCACCCACAGGGUACAGAAGUGAAAGCAAUCACCUACUCUGCUAUGCAAGUACAUGAUACAGAAAAGCCAGAAAUCUUCGUCAUCAUCGAUAUUUAAAUUUACAACGGAUUCAAAACCUCUUUUUAAUGACAUGAUUUAAAGAGAUUGCCUUAGUUGGAAUGGACAUGUGAGGGAUGUCGUUUCUGUAAACUGUGGAUUACAUUACUGAAAUACUAUAUUUUUGACUGAUUUUCAUGAUUAAUAAUGAUAUUUAAAAAAUCAUUAUCUUUCAUUUUGUGAAAACACAAACAUGACCCAAAAUAAACACUGUCAUUUAAAAUGACUUAAACAUCAAGGCUAAGCCUAAUCAAGCUUAUUUUUGUACUAAAG